UACAACGUUCAUCGGUGCAUUCAACCAUGGGCGAGCACCCGACAUACGAUUCGAUUCCAAUGGCAGUGGAGUCGUCGAAAGAACCGUCUUCACGUUGCUCAAAUGUCCUCGUAUCCACAGUCGCUGGGGCGUUGUGCUUGGUCGUGGUCGUGGGCCUGUGGGCGUUUACUCAAACCCAAACGUUCCGUGACUUGGUCCGCUGGGAACAGACCCAUCAAGUGUCCGGCGGACUCAUUUACGUGCUGAUCUACGCUGCGUGUGUGAUUUUGUGCUGCCCUUCGACGGUGCUUGACCUCUUGGCGGGGUAUAUUUUUGGGUUUGGCGUUGGAACAGCAGUCGCUGUUGGGGGCCGGACACUAGGAUCCGUCGCUGCCUUCUUGCUUGGUCGUUAUGUCAUGCAAGACACAGUUCGGCAAAAGCUACACGAUGGACAGCCAAUGCUACGGGCUUGGGCUUUGCUACUCGAGCGCAACGAGAUCCAGUUUGUCGUGUUGGUGCAGUUUGCCUACAUCCCGCUCUUUGUCAAGAACUACGGUCUCGCCCUCUUGAAUGUGUCAUUUGGCCUGUUCCUGUGGACACAUGUCGUCUGUGGUGUCCGAACUUUGCUUACAGUGUACAUUGGCCACAGCGCCACGCACAUGACGGAGCUCCUAAAGUCUCAUGCUGCGAGCGGAGAUACCGUGAUCGCUCAAGAAAUGUUGAUGGUCGUGGCAGUGGUGUCGACGUUGCUGCUCGUGGCUGUGGGAAGUUAUCGAACCAAGCAAUACCUCGACGAACUGGCUGCUAGUGAGCUCGUACCUCCAGUAGAUAAGGAUAGAAUCGUUAACUGUGAAGUGUGAUGCAGUACGGUUUGAGUCAUCCAAAUGCAGCCAACCUAGCCACUGUCCACGACAUACUACUCCAGAGCCCACUAUAUCGCAUAUCGUGUCGAAAUUGUCCACCAAGGACGACGGCGCGUG